AUGGCUACCGAAGCUGCGAGUAUUUACCCUGCCCUGCAGGACCGGCCGCUCAAGAACACCAUUUGUUUGUUUGAUGUUGACGAGACAUUGACCCCUGCGAGACGAAGUGUUACCCCUGAAAUGCUCACGCUUCUUUCCCAGUUGCGCCACAAGUGUGCCAUAGGAUAUGUUGGCGGGUCCAACUACGCCAAGCAGCAAGAACAGCUCGGCACAUCCUCCACCGACGUGACGUCUCUAUUCGAUUUCUGUUUCCCCGAAAAUGGGUUGAUGGCAUUCCGUUUGGGCAAGCCACUCGCUAGCACGAGCUUUAUCGAGUGGAUUGGGGAGGAGAAAUAUCAGAAAUUGGUCAACUUCAUUCUCCGAUACUUUGCGGAUCUGCAGCUGCCCAGGAAGCGUGGCACCUUUGUUGAGUUCCGUAAUGGGAUGAUCAAUGUGAGCCCAAUUGGAAGAAACGCCAGUGUUGAAGAGAGAAACGAGUUCGAAGCCUAUGAUAAGGAACACAACAUCAGAAAGGAUAUGGUCAAUGCUCUUAAGAAGGAGUUCCCUGACUAUGGCCUCACCUAUUCCAUUGGUGGUCAGAUCUCCUUUGACGUUUUCCCCACUGGCUGGGAUAAGACGUAUUGCUUGCGACACGUCGAGGCUGAGAAGGGUAUCACUGGCGUCGAGUACACAACAAUCCACUUCUUUGGAGACAAAUGCUUUCUUGGAGGCAAUGAUUACGAGAUCUACUCUGAUUCGCGGACAAUAGGGCAUUCUGUGGAUGGACCUCAGGAUACCAUGAAGCAGCUUAAGCAGUUGUUUCAGCUAUGA